AUGUCCGUGGAAGAUGCGAAGGACACUACGAUCUCGCCGUAUGUGCAGAAGACCGACGACCUCUUUGGUGACAACUUCACACCUACCGUGAAGUCGUACAACAACACGCAGUUUCUGCAAAGCCCGCAGGGUCGUCUUGUUCGCAUUCUGUGCGAGUUCGAGGAGCCUGCGGUGCGGCUGCGGCAACAUCACAUUCGCUCGACGGUUCUCGUCUUUGGGAGUGCGCGGGCGAUGACGGUGGAGGAACACGCGUGUGCGCUGCGGCGACAUGAGAAGCGACUCGCAGAGGCCACAACACCGGAGGCGAAGAAAAAAUGUGAAGAUGAACUGCGGCGACUGCGCAGCACACAGUGGAUGUGUGAGUGGAUGGAUACAGUGUAUGACAUCUCACGCAAAGUCGCGAUGUUCGCCAUUCAGGAGAAGAAAUUGAUCAAUGAAUCCUUCACACAUAUCCCGGAUUACUUCCGCCAAGCCCCCAGUAAUCUUAACAAGACUUUAUCUACAGAGUUAAUGGAGGAACUGAAGGAUUUUGUUAUCACUACUGGCGGUGGGCCCGGGUUCAUGGAGGCAGCAAACAAAGGUGCCGCUUCUGUGAUAGGUGCCAAUACGAUGGGAAUGGGGAUUUCACUCCCCUUUGAGAAGGGGCUCAAUCCGUACGUUACUAAUGAUCUUGCCUUUGAGUUUCACUACUUCUUCACUCGUAAAUUUUGGAUGAUGUAUUCUUGUCGUGCCAUUAUUGUUGCGCCUGGUGGAUUUGGAACACUGGACGAAAUGUUUGAGUUACUCACACUGCGCCAGACAAAGAAAAUUCCUGAGCUUCCUAUUGUUCUCCUUUGUCGCAAGUUCUGGACAACAGUUAUCAACUGGCAAGCACUUGUGGAGUUCGGGACGGUUUCAAAAGAAGAAGUGGAUUCCAUGUGCUUUGCCGAUACGGCUGAAGAGGCAAUGGACUUUAUUAAGAACUUUUUUGAAAUCAAGGUAGGAAGUCCAACGUCAUAA